CCGGCGUGACCCAAGGGCUGCCCUGAUGGACCCAGCCUCUCGCGGCUCGGACUCUCUGAGUCUGCCCUCCCCUCUGUCCUGGCCUGCGCACCUGUGCGCUUUGAUCAUACCUCUCAGCUCGCUGCUUACGUUCUCGCUGGCUGCGGCUUGGGCAAAUCUCGAGCAACCCAGUUUGGGCUUGGGUUGCCGAUCAAGGUCCCACAGUUCCCCGAAGGCGCCUGUGGGAGCCGCCCCGAAGGGUCUUCUCUCCCACUGCAAUGCCAGUGGCUCUGGGCCAGGUCAGACGACGAACACCUGGGCGGUGGCCAAGGAAGGGGCACUUGACGGGCAACCUCGUGGGCAUGCCAGGGCCUAACAGUCCCUGUUUCUCAAUAGCCACUCAAGAAAACAUCAUGAAAGAUACUGAUAUCAAGAGACUACUGUAUACCCAUCUUUUAUGCAUAUUUUCAAUUAUCCUAAGCAUCUUCAUUCCGUCAUUCUUCUUGGAGAACUUCUCAAUAUUGGAAACACACUUGACAUGGUUGUGCAUCUGUUCUGUUUUUGUAACUGCCAUCAAUCUAGUUUUAUAUUUAGUAGUGAAACCAAAUGCAUCCUCUAAAAGAAGUUCAUUAUCGUACAAGGUAACCAGGUUUUUGAAGUGCUGUAUCUACUUCCUUUUGUCUUGUUUCAUCUUUCAUGUAAUUUUUGUUCUAUAUGGAGCACCACUAAUAGAGUUGGUUUUGGAAACAUUUUUAUUUGCAGUUGUUCUGUCUACUUUUACUACUGUACCUUGUUUGUGUUUGUUGGGACCAAAUAUCAAGGCGUGGCUAAGAGUUUUCAGUAGAAAUGGUGUUACAUCCAUUUGGGAAAAUAGUCUCCAGAUCACUACAAUUUCUAGUUUUAUAGGAUCGUGGCUUGGAGCCUUUCCUAUUCCACUCGACUGGGAAAGACCAUGGCAGGUAUGGCCCAUCUCCUGUACGCUUGGAGCGACCUUUGGCUACGUGGCUGGUCUUGUUAUUUCACCACUCUGGAUAUACUGGAAUAGAAAGCAACUUACAUACAAGAACAAUUAAUUGGAGCAAAGGGAGAAGAUAUUUCUUUGUGCGGAUUCCAUAAAGACUGUGCAGAAAUGUGUAUGGUCCAAGCCAGGCAGUUCCAUUUACAGCACUGUUUUUUUAUGUAGUUACAUGAUGUGAUUGUAGCUUUUUUUAAACUAUGAAACCCCUGAGAGAUUGUACCUUCUAGUUGAAAUAAAGUAUUUAUAAUAGAUUGUGGCU